AUGCGUCAACUUCUCUCCCUCCUCCUUGUUCUGGUCGCAUCGACCACCCUCUUCUCCAUCGUCUCCGCCGUCCCCGCCGGCUCCAGCAUCACUCCACCGCCACCCAUCGAACCCGUCCGACUGUUGUCGCAACCAUCUAGCCCUCGUCGGCCAUGGAUCCGACUUCGAGACUGGGUCAUUGAAUCCAUCUGGGGGCUUCCGAAACCCAGCUCCCCUCGCUCCGCCUUCAAGGAUGCCUCGCGCGACCGCACGCCCCCGUCCCGAGUGCUGGCCCGCUAUGGCAGCGACAUCGUCCUUCGAUUCUACUUGCGCGAUACACAGGAAGCCGAGGCCUUGGCCCAGGCCACUGAAAUUCUCUUUCUCGAUGUAUGGGCGUCGACGCCGGAAUUUGUCGACAUCCGUCUGGCAGAAGAUGUGAUUCCGUCUUUGCUGGGCCUAUUGCCAGACUCCCUUCGGACCGCUUAUACACCUCUCAUUGAUAACCUGGCCGAAAUGAUUUACACCUCGUACCCCAGUCGGCAACCGAUCGGACUCGAGCAUCCGGCCGGAUUGGGAUCAUCCCGGCACUCGUCGCAGGUGGGGGAUAUAUUCUUCCAGGACUACCAGCCGUUGUCGGUGAUUGCUCCCUGGAUGCGGUUGAUGGCAUCCAUGUUCUCGUCGCACGCUCAGCUGAUCAGCGUCGGGGUGUCGCACGAAGGCCGCGAUAUCCCCGCUUUCCGGCUCGGGUCUGGUCGCGGUGAUGGCUCCUCCAAGCCUCGGAAGACCGUGAUCAUCACAGGCGGAAGCCACGCGCGCGAAUGGAUCAGUACGUCCACAGUGACCUACGUCGCAUACAACCUAAUCACCCGAUUCGGCAAGUCGCCUGCGGUCACUAGCCUACUAGAGGAGUAUGAUUGGGUGCUCGUUCCCACCAUCAACCCGGACGGAUACGUCUACACGUGGGAAUCCGACCGUCUCUGGCGGAAGAAUCGACAGCCGACAAGCCUGCGAUUCUGCCCAGGCAUUGACCUAGACCGGGCAUGGAGCUUCGAAUGGGACGGCGAGCCCACACGCUCCAAUCCCUGCUCGGAGACCUACGCGGGCGACGAGCCCUUUGAGGCGACGGAGGCGCAGCAAUUGGCCCAAUGGGCUCUUAACGAGACCGAAACCAACAAUGUCAAGAUCGUCGGCUUCCUGGAUCUCCACUCCUACUCGCAGCAGAUCCUCUACCCUUUCUCCUUCUCCUGCUCCUCCGUGCCGCCCACGCUGGAGAGUCUCGAGGAGCUCGGUCUGGGCCUCGCCAAGAUCAUCCGACAAACCACCCAUGAGGUCUACGACGUCACCUCCGCCUGCGAAGGGACCGUCACGCCCAUGGACCGCGGGGCGCUGAAAAGCUUCUUCCCCGUCGGAGGCAGUUCCGGCGGCAGCGCCCUCGACUGGUUCUACCACCAACUCCACGCCACGUACGCCUAUCAGAUCAAGCUACGCGACCGAGGCAGCUACGGCUUCCUCCUUCCGUCCACGUACAUCAUCCCCACAGGCAAGGAGACGUACAACGUGGUUCUCAAGCUCGGCGAAUUCCUCGCGGGCGAGAAAGUCGCAAGCCAGGAGUUCUUCCAGGAUAUUGACCUUGAGAAUCCGGACGAACCAGAGGACGAGAACCCCGCUCCGACGGACGGUUCAGAUGCGGGGAUCUCGCCCGUCCAGGCUGUCGACGCGGAAGACGAAGAGGAAGAUUGGGAACUUGUUGACUGGACCGAGGAACCUCAUUCUUGGGACCUUUGA